CCCCCGCCCCUUCCCCCGGGAGCGGCGGCGGCGGCGGCGGCGGCGGCGGCGGCGGCGGCGGCGGCGGCGGCGGGAGGAUGCCGUACCUCCUCAUCAGCACCCAGAUCCGCAUGGAGGUUGGCCCCACCAUGGUGGGAGAUGAGCACUCGGAUCCCAGCCUGAUGAGCUUCCUGGGAGCCACGAAGAGGAACAUGCUGGGGAACCACUUCUGGGAGUACUACGUGAACGAUGCACCGCGGAUAGUGUUGAACAAGCUGGAGAGCUGUGGUUACCGGGUGGUGAGCAUGACAGGCGUGGGCCAGACAUUGGUGUGGUGCCUCCACAAGGAAUAGCGAGGAAGACUUCUGCAUUCCUCCCAGACACUGUCCUGCUGGGGAUCAUCUUGCACAGGACUGACAGCAAACAUUUUCCCCUUAAUUCCUUUCUGUCCCAGACUCCAGGCACUCGGGCAUGGGGGGAGGAGUGGUGUAGAGGCAGAACUUGACCCAAUGGAAACUUGCCACCCCUGCCAUUUCACAAGACUGGGGGGAGGAAGGUAUGCCCAGUCCAGAGGAAAUCAUGCACAGAGAACAGAUGGCUCCAUCUCUGCAUUCAUCUGAAUGGCAGUCUGGCAAAUACCAUCUUUUUACAUUUUAAUCAUCUCCUAUUUAGCAUGCAUUGGUGGAAGCUCAAAUAACAGACUUGUCUGCCUGUUCUUCAGGGCCGCCCCAGAGAGGUACAUGCUGAGCUGUGAGAGUUCAGGGCAUGCCUUCCUCCCAGGCCGUGGUGGGUAGGGAGGGGAGGCCAAGCAUGGAUGGCAUACUAUCGCAUCCCUGACACGCAAGCAGGAACUGCUAAACCUGCACAGUGCUCUUUGAGAAUCCCUUCACUCGGCAGCAAGGCCGGUUUCUCUCCCCAAUGGGAUUGUGGUUAGCAGCAUCAUCAGACUUUCAGCCCCAAGAGUGCCAUGCAAGUGUAACGCAUUGUUCCUGAAACAGCCUUAGAGCAGCACAGAAAGGUCUUGUGAACAUUUCGGGUACAGGCUCUGUAAUCUUAACAGCAGCAGUUGCAAUGCUGGAUUGUUUGGGACUUUGUAUCUAUGAAUCCUGCCGUAGGGGUAACACCAAUAAAACAUUUCUCUAAAGAGA